UCUAAUGCAAAAGAAGAGACAAAAAGCAGCACUGGGCAGGGAUAAGAGCUGGGACACAAAGAGGGCAGGAGCCUGCUGGGCAGUGGGAGCAGGGGCCAGAGGCCGUGGUGGGUGGGCAGCCCCAUGACUUCCCUGGGCUCCCAGCACAGCAGGGCAGCACUCCUGGCUGCCAUCCUACUGCUGCUGCUGCAAGUGAGGGCGGAGGAGUCUCAGCAGGGCAGCCCAGGCCCAGAGCAGGGCAGCCCAGGCCCAGAGCAGGGCAGCCCAGGCCCAGAGCAGGGCAGCCCAGGCCCAGAGCAGGACAGCCCAGGCCCAGAGCAGGGCAGCCUGGAAGAGAAGACGCCCCCUGCGGAGCAGGGCCAGGAGGAGUACGAAGAGCACUUCAUGGCCUCUUCGGUGGGUGAGGGGCAGCAGGUGAUGGACAUGGUCCAGCAAGAGGAGGACUUCACCUCGGAGACAGCAGCUGUCCAAGAUCACCUUUUCAAUGUCGCUCUCUGCUUUAACCUGGCCAGCCUCGUGGUUUUUUUAUGAGGGACAUUGAGGCCGAGGCGGUGGCCUGGAUCCUGGAAGAGGAAGACCUGGACAUUUACCUUCGCUUCUUGAUCGCAUACUGACCUCCUCUCUCCACUGGGCUCCAGGCCACAGCUCCCCAGAAAGAUGCCCACGCUGCUCCCUGCACACUGCUCCCUGCUCUUUCAGAGGCACCUGUCCUUAGGGUGCAGCUUUAGAUGCUUUACCGCCAUGGCUUCUGCCUGAUGCCACCCCAGGCCUGAAGCUUUGUGUUCCAGGUCCAGAGACUUCAUACCAUUCUCCCUCCUGUACUUCCCCUGAUUCUGUCUAAUGUAGCAAAUUGGUGGGAGGAACAUGGACAAUAAAACAGUUGGAAGCACCUUUCUGAAGCUUAACCAAA